CGCUCUCUUUCUGUCUCUGUCUUCCACAUCCACACACACUUCACCCACUCGCUCUGUGAUCUCGAGCCUUCAGCAUGAGUUACUCCAGCGACAUCUACACGAGCAGCUCCUACAGAAAGAUCUUCGGGGAUGCGCCUCGCCGCGUGCCCGUGGGCAGCAGCCCGUCCCGGGUGACGGUGAGUUACCGCUCCGCACCCCAGCAGCAACAGCACCGCACCUACGGCUCUCCGUCCCCCAUGAUCACAUCCUCCAAUUACCGGAGCAAACUUGCCUCCGGCCGCGGAGCUUUCCAACCGGACAACGUGGACCUGACGCAGACCACCGCCAUCACCAACGAGCUGAAGAUCAUCCGCACCAACGAGAAGGAGCAGCUGCAAGGCCUGAACGACCGCUUUGUGACGUUCAUCGAGAAGGUGCACAACCUUGAGCAGCACAACAAAGUUUUGGAGGCGGAGGUGGCUCUGCUGCGCCAGCGCCACAACGAGCCGUCGCGCCUGCACGACCUGUACGAGCAGGAGAUCCGCGAGCUGCGCGCGCGCGUCGAGGAACUCGCGCACGAGAAGAGCCAGAUGCACCUGGACUGCGUGCAGAUGAACGAGGCGCUGGAGCGCGUCAAGGACAAGCUGGACGAAGAGGCGCGGGCUCGGGAGGAGGCCGAGAACAGCCUGAAGGGAUACCGCAAGGACGUGGACGACGCCACCCUGUCCCGCCUCGAGCUCGAGAAGAAAGUGGAGUCGCUGCUGGACGAGAUCGCGUUCCUGAGGAGAGUGCACGAGGAGGAGCUGCAGGAGCUGCAGGCGUCACUCCAGGCCACACAGGUGUCAGUGGAGAUGGACGUCAGUAAGCCUGACCUUGCUGUGGCCCUGAAGGACAUCCGUGUCCAGUACGAGUCUCUGUCAUCCCGGAAUCAGCAGCAGGCAGAGGAGUGGUAUCGCUCCAAGUUCGCCACUGUGACAGAGGCUGCGGCUCGCAAUAAUGAUGCUCUGAAACAGACCAAGGAUGAGCUGUGCGAGUACCGGCGACAGCUGCAGUCCCGGACCCUGGAGAUUGAGGCCCUCAAAGCCCACAACGAGGCCCUGGAGAGACAGCUGGCAGAGAUGGAGGACCGGCACAGCAAUGAGAUCGGAGAGCUGCAGGACACCAUUCAGCAGCUAGAAUCUGCUCUGCGGAGCACAAAAGGCGAGAUGUCCCGCCACUUGCGCGAAUACCAGGACCUGCUGAAUGUCAAGAUGGCGCUGGACAUUGAGAUCGCAGCAUACAGGAAGCUGCUGGAAGGUGAGGAAUGCCGUCUGAGCUCUGUGGGCGGAGCCAUUCUGCAGUCCGCCUACUCUUAUCCAACCAGCCGCACGUAUACCCUAAGCGCCUACAGGAGGGGUGGAGCCAAACCCGAAACAGAGGAAGAGGAAAAGCAGGAGGAGGAAGAAGAGGAGGAAGAGGAGCAGGAAGAGGAGAAGGAGGAAGAGGAAGCAGAGGAGGAGGAGGGAGGAGAGGAGGCUGAAGAAGGAGAAGAACAGGAAGAAGGAGGAGAUGAGGAGGAGGAAGAGGAAGAACAGGAGGAAAAGGAGAAGGAAAAGGAGGACGAGAAGAAGGAAAAGGAAGAAAAGAAGAGCCCCAAGGAACAGAAGGAGAGUGAGAAGGAGAAAGAGAAGGAGAAAGAGAAGGAGAAGAAGAGCGAUAGCAAGGCGGAUAGCAAUAAGGCUGAUGGCAAGAGUGAAAAGGCGGACAGUAAUAAGGGCGAAAAAGCCGCUGCGGUCAAGAGCAAGUAAAGCUGCGCUCCAUCAGCGCUUCCGCCACAUUCGUCCGUGUCCUCUUUACCUCUCUGUCCCUCUGCCACAAACACACACACACACCAAAACGCCAUCUUCACUCUCAUUUCACCGGGUAGAGCUGAUUUCAUCCACUGAUGUGUCAAGAUCUCUGCAGGAAAGCAUAGAGUCAGUACUGAAAGAGAGUUCUUCUGUAAAGCACUCAAGAGAUUAAACAGGAUCUAUGCAGAACGAAUAGGAAGUAGGAAGUAGUUCACCUAAGAAAAAUCACAAUUUUUGCCAUCAUUUGUGUGUUUCAGAUAUUUAGAAUGUCCAAAAGUUAAGAAAAAGCAGAAAAGGUCAUGCAAUUCUGUAUUCCAGGUCUGCGGAAGUCAUGAAUUUAUUUGACAAAACUAAAAACAAUUAAAUUAUUACUCAUUUAAAUCAUGAGGUUGUUGUUUAAAACUGUGUUGUUGUUGAAGCGAGAGUUCACUCAAAAAUGAUUUUUUUUUGUCAUUGUUUACUCACACAAAAAAAGAUAAAAACACUAAAAGAAGAUAAUUUGAAAAAUGCUGUUAGUGUUUGGCCAUUUUUUCUUACUAUGGAAGUCAAUGGGUAACAGCAGCAACCAGCAUUCUUCAAAAUAGGGCUGGGCCGAUAACUGAUAUUGAAUCGAUAUAGCGAAUCGCAAUAAAAUUUAUCACAAUAACAAUAAGCUCUGGACUUUUUUUUACUCUAUAUUGAUCUAACUGUGCAUUCACAACAAAACCAGCCAGAGCGUCAAAGUAGCCCGAAGAAGACGGCGAUAGGCGGCGCGACAUGUCUACGCUGGUGUGGGCAUUGAGAAGAGUUGAAAUCAAGUAAACUUUAUAGUAAUGAGCUAUGACGUGGUUCGGCGCAUGCAAUCGGUUGUUCCUAGAUUGGACAAAAGUUAAUGAGAAUUAUUGAUAUUAUUUAUUACAUUUCCCAUUUAUUAUAUUUUAUUAACAUCUACCCCCACCCAAACCCAAUCAUCACAGUAAUGAAAAAACUGUAGUUGUACCGGGAAUUAUUUAUGCUAUCUAUUAAAUUUCCCAUUAAUUGUAUUUUUUUAAUGUCUACCCCCCCACCCCAACCCUACACCCAGCAUCACAGUAAUGUAAAAACAGUAGUUGUACCAAGGAUUAUUUAUGCUAUCUAUUAAAGUACCCAAUAAACUGCAUUUUUAAACGCCUACUGGCCCCCACCUCAACCCUAAACCCGACUGUAGCAGUAACGUAAAAACAGUUGUACCGAGAAUUAUUUAUGUUAUCAAUUAAAUUACCCAUAAAUUGUAUUUUUUUACAUCUACCCCCACCCCCACCCCAAACCCAACCGUCACAGUACUGUAAAAAUAUUAAUUAUUCUUAUACAGUGUCAUAAAAAAUGCUGCUAUAUUUAUGUGCAUAUCGCACUUCCGGCCAGCCGCGUAUCCUAUCUAGACUUUACCCAAGCAAUCGGAAUGUAGUAGUCCACCACUUGAGAGAAUUCCAAAGAACACAGUCCUGUGAAUUUCAGUUCUGACCACAAUAGUUCCCAAGGGUUUGAUCAUUGCCAUUGCCGGUCGCCAGAUUUCCAAUUAAUUACGAUGUUUUCUUACAGGGACAUACAUUAAAAAAAUCUACUGCAAAGUUACUUAAGUGCAUUAAUGCUAUCUAUCUA